UUUGUGUGUGACUUAUCGAUAUCCUAAUGCUGUUCCAUCGCUGUUUUGUUUGCCGGCCCUCCACAAAACAUCAACAGCAAACUCGCAAACCACAUUCAACUAAUUUAUAAGGUGUUGGAAAGAUUAAGGAUUACCUAUUGUUAUUGAUCCUUCGGGCGGACGGUUUACAAAAAUAUGUUUGGGACCGUUAACAAUUAUCUUUCCGGUGUGUUACGUGCUGCCGAGGACUACGAUGGUGACAAUUUGGCCACAUUUUUGUCGCUGCGUGACGUACACGUCCAGAAUCACAAUUUGUACAUAGCCCAGCCGGAAAAGCUGGUGGAGCGCAUGCUAAAGCCGCCAUUGGAUGAAGUAGUCGGUGCACAUCUGAAGGUGCUCUACUAUUUAGCCCAAGAGCCACCCAACUACAUGGACGCCUACAACCAGCAGGCGGCCAGUUGCUCGGCUGUCGUGAAGCUGCUGCAGCAACUCAAGGAUGAGAACUGGUGCCUUCCGCUCAUGUACCGCGUGUGCCUCGACCUGCGCUACCUGGCACAGGCGUGCGAGAAGCAUUGUCGUGGCUUCACACCGGGCCACAUACUGGAGAAGGCGGCCGACUGUAUGAUGGCCUGUUUUCGCGUGUGCGCCGCCGACGGACGUGCGUCGGAGGAGGAGACAAAGCGACUGGGCAUGAUGAAUCUGGUGAAUCAGCUGUUUAAGGUCUAUUUUCGGAUAAAUAAACUGCAUCUGUGCAAGCCUCUCAUCCGCGCCAUUGACAAUUGUGCGUUCAAGGAGAGCUUUCCGCUGCCGGAGCAAAUUACCUACAAAUAUUUUGUUGGUCGGCGCGCCAUGUUCGACUCAAACUAUCGCAUGGCUGUUGAGGAUCUGUCCUAUGCCUUUACCCACUGCCCAGAUCGAUUUACGAGCAACAAGCGCUUGAUACUCAUUUAUCUGGUGCCGGUGAAAAUGUUGCUCGGCUACCUGCCACGCAAAUCGCUGCUGGAACGCUACGAUCUUUUGCUCUUUCACGAUCUGGCGCUCGCCCUAAAGGCCGGCAACGUGAACAAGUUUGAUGAGAUCGUGCAUGAGCAGGAGCUGGUGCUCAUACGGAGUGGCAUUUACUUGCUCGUCGAGAAGCUCAAGUUUAUUGUGUAUCGUAAUCUGUUUAAGAAAGUUUUCGCCAUUAGACAGACACAUCAAUUGGAUAUGAGUGAUUUCCUUUCGGCAUUGCAGUUUGUCGGUGUAACAGACGUGUCCAUGGAUGAGACGCACUGCAUCAUAGCGAAUCUUAUAUACGAUGGCAAAAUUAAGGGCUACAUUUCACAUGCCCACAACAAAUUGGUUGUUUCCAAGCAAAAUCCGUUCCCGCCAUUAAUUUCAACAUAGACAUUUUAAGACUUUUCAAUAAAAGAAACAAGGUUUUGUUGCCUCUGUGAUCAAA